AUGGAGAAGGGAUUCGGUGGCGAUCCGUCCUCCUCAUCCUCAGAUGGCGAGGAAGACGAGGAUGAUGACAGACGCAAAAACAGCAUCAAGCGCAUCAACGAUUUGUAUAAUCACGGCCAGAAACAAAAGGGCUAUUCACAGCCGCUGGAUCAUGGGGCAGCAGCCGGGGUCCGGAUCAAGAUCCCGGGUGGGAUGCCACCCACCGCCAAGGCCUACAACAUAUCUGAUGAAAUACCCACACGGAACCUUAACCCUGAUUCUGUGUACGACACUUCAUAUGGGCCUGACCCAAACACGGUUUUCAGAGAUCGGCUUUUGGGAAGGAAUGAAAUUGGGAAAAGGGCCGACGAGAGCGUGAAGAGAAAGAAAAUGAAUGGAAAGAAAAUGGAUGGUGGUAGUGGCAGUGAGGUGGCGGUGGCGGCAAUUCACUCCUUGGGAGAGGGGUUUAUGAGAAUGGAGAAGGUGAAAAUGGAUAUGAGGAGGCAAAUUGAAGAAUUAGGAUGGAGAUGGAGCUCAAGAGGACCGAAAUGA